AUGAAAUCUGUUUUUGAGAUGAACAAGAAGUCGGACAUUCUUAUUGAGUCAUCCCAAGGUGGUCCCACUCACAAUGGAUCUCAGUCUGAAGAUGCUCUUCGUACUUCAGAAAAUGAGGAUGAUGAAGAUUCCACUUCGGAGGAAGACGAGGAUGAUAAAUUCGACGAUGACAAAGGAGAUGAUCAUCAUGACGAUGAAACUGAUGAUGAUGAUGAUGAUCUGGGUGGAGAUGGUGUUGGUGCUGGUCAGGAUGAGGCUCACACGGGCGAUGUUCGUAACGAUGAGGGUGUUGUUGUCCCCGCGGUUGUUUCGAGGGAUGAUGAUACCGGCAAGGUCGAUGAUGCCAAGAAUUCUGACCCUGUGGAACCUAUUGCAGAGAUCAAACAGCCUGAUCAGUCUCAAGGUGGGGAGGAGAACAUUGAUGUUGAUGCAACAAUUGCAUCUGCUGUUAAAGCUGUGGAGAAUUUGGUUUAUUGGUUCCUCAACUCAUGCCCCUGCUCCUGUUGA